UCUCCUUCCACCUUUGCUUUUCUUUCUCUGAUCUCUCAUAUGGCGAACCAUAAACGUGAUGAGUCCACGAGUAAGAAAAACAUUGAUUUUUAUGAGAACAUGAAGGAAUUAUUUGAACUCCAAAAGCAAAAAAUCACGGAUCUGGAAGAUACACAUGUUUUGAAGACUGGCGGGACAAAACAGGUUUAUGAUACUUUAAGAGUGGCUCUAAAUACAGUCAAAAGAGAAAUUUCAAUGGAUAAGGAUUCUCUGAAAGAGUUAAAACAAAUUAAAGUUAUGAACUCUAACAUGAGUGGUGAGCUGGAACGAUUGAAGAAAGAGAAUGAAAUGAUAACAAAGGAAUUGGCAGAGAGUAAGGCAUUAACUGAUAAGCUGAAACUUGCUGAGGAGAAUAUGUGGAUGAGGAUGAAACUUAUUGAAGAGAAUGGGCGGGUCAUAAGAAAAUAUACCGAGGAGAAUGGGCGGAUCAUGAGGGAACUGGAAGAAAGUGAAGUCCUAAAUGACAUACGGCAGAAGAAUUUUUCUGAAGAAAUUCGAAAGGAUGACUAUGAAAAACUGAAAGCUAAGGUGGUUGUGCUCGAAGAAGAAUUAGAGACCUCUAAAGAUUUCAACCAAGCUCUAAUAACCAAAGAGCGUGAAAUUAACGAUGAGCUCGAGAAGGCUCGGAAGAAAUUAAUGGAGGAAAUUACGGAGAUAUCGUGUCUUUAUGAUAAUAUUUGUGUCAGAAGAGUGGGUGAGAUAGACACGGAGCCUUUCAUUAGAACUUUCAGAGCACGGAAAAAUAUCAGCAAAGAAGAUGCAGAUCAGACAGCUUUGAAAAUGUGUUCUUUAUGGCAGAAGAAUGUGGAGGAUCCCCAUUGGUAUCCAUUUAAAAUAAUAACUAAUAAUGGCAAACCAAAGGAGGUUUUAGACGAGGAUGAUGGAGAUCUCAUAAGAUUGAAAGAGGGUUUGGGUUAUAGAGCAUAUAAAGCAGUGGUGGCAGCUCUCAUCGAGAUGAAUGAAUACAAUUCGAGUGGGAGAUUCAUUGUAAGAGAAAUUUGGAAUAAAGAAAAAGGAAGGAGAGCUACUUUGAAAGAAGGAAUUGAAUUCAUGAUAAAUCAAAUAAAAUCAAAAAGAAGGAAAACAGAAAUGGUGAACGAUGAAGCUACCGAGGAAGCUACCGAGGAUCGUGAUGACGAAAUUCCAAAAGGUUCUCAAGUUCAAUAAUCAUGUUAAUAUUCAUGUUUAAAUAGACAAAUAGAUUGGUUUAGCAUGACUUAAGAACUUUUAUUAGGUUGAAACAAUGAAAAUUUGGUUUAUUUUCAGCGCUCCAGACACUCUUGUCCUGUGUAUUUAGCUUUUCAGUAAGUUCUUGUUUGUUAGAUCAGAACUUAACUUGGCCUAAGUAAAUCUGGUCUAUUUUCAUCUCUAGAUACUCUUGUGUAUUCGACUAUUAGUAACUUUUGUUCAGAGGCCUGUUUAUGUAAAUCUGAUUUAUUAUC